AUCUAGUCGGACGCCUCGACAUUCGAUAGCACGGCGGUGUUACGGCGUCCGUAUGAUUUACUCAUCCGUCAGGUGAGAGACAGCCUCUUUCUGUCUUCUUUCGCGAUUUUUCUGCGUACGGUCAGUACAGUGGCGAUCGCGGCUACGAAAUGAUGUAUACGUUAAAGGGGAGCUACGCGGUGAUGACGCUUCUUCUGUUUACUCGGACUCAUGGCGAUCUCUUCAGAUACGCGGAGCAACAGCAGCGAUACAAUCCCGCGAUACCGUCACGUCCGUGGUAUCUCGCACCAUCUCAAGAGUUCGUGCUCCGUGAGAUUAUCCUCGAGUCGGUCAUUCCGUUGCCGUUCGAUAUCAAGGCGAUCCACAAACGUCCGUUGGAUGCUUCCUUCUACGGUGGUCCGAUCACUGCGACGUAUUCGAGCGACGACGCGAAUAUCGUUCUGUCACGCGGCAAGGUCCAUCGUCUGUUCAAUGGCCAUUGGAUGCUAUGCGAGGACGGAUGCGUCGAUUGCGAACCGUGCGCGACACAGGGAAAUCCCUUAUUCAAGUGGAUCCUGCGGAGGAUCAAGCGGCCGUCAGUUUCCGACCCAUCGCGACAUGAUUUCCAGCUGACUAUAAUCUCACAAACGAACGAUCACUUCCGCACGAGCUUCUGGCCCAAUUCCUAUAUUUACGCAACACCCCAGGGAGAACGGGGUUCAAUCUCGAUCACCAGAAUGCAGCACGACAACGACUCGGAAAAUUCUCUACCUAAUCUCGAGAACAGUUUUUCCCAACAACAUCAUCGAUCGCAGGAUCUCUGGCGGUUGACGGAACGGGACUCAAUCUCGCAAGAAAAGAAUCACAUUCAGGGGAAUACGAGCACCGACAAGUCGCUCGAGCAGAAGCACCGAUUCAGGAAUAUGGGACAUCGACCUCGACCCGUGGAAAAAGUCGCGGAAGAAGCGAAUCAAUUGGCACCCAAGUUGAUCCUGGGAAGAGAUCAACGGGGUCAAAAGCAUUUGAUUCACGUGGUGCCGGUGGAUCAUCCGCCGAUCAACGUCGCGCACUUCGCUCCGAAUCAUUCGAUAUCAUCGCAUUUCGUAGCGGAUCAAGCGACACGUUUGAAUAAUACUUUUCCCAAGCACGAGAAGCAAAUUUAUCAGCGGAUAUUCCGCCGAGUUUUCGACUCCCUGAAUACGCACAGGCAAUCAAUCGAGAGUUUCCUCGAGUCACCGGCGAACAAUAUAAGUGAACAGCAAAUGGCUUCUUCUAUGGACAGUAUGGAAGUUGCUGGAUUUGUCUGGAAUAAUCGCGACAUAAAUCACACAAAUGCUAAUUUCGAGUCAUUGAGUCAUAAUGAUACGCUGUUGUCGCCUUUUCAUGUAGAAAAUCAAAACGAAAUGGAAAAAUAUCAACAAUAUAAAAACAGUCAUGGCUAUCAGCGCAUAAAUCCGGAUGUUAAUAAUUAUUAUGUUAGAUAUCCAAAUAUAAAUCAAACUAAAAUAUCGCAUGAUCAGGUGCCAAUAAAUUUUGAUUUCGACAGAGAACGGCGAAGAACACGCGUUAGACCGUACUCUAUUAAUAAUAAAAAUAUUUCAAAGACAAAUUCAUCGCUUUUAUUACAAAGUUCUUCGGCAGUAAACUCCAUGAAGCAAAUUGAUCCUAAUGUAACAUUCGUUGAUGAAGCAAAUACUGAAUCAAGCUCGAUAACAAUAGAAUGAGUAUUCAACUCGGAGAGGUUGGCAAGUGGCGAUGCUAAUCGAAAAUUCAAGACUUCCCACCAUGCUUUCAAGAUAAUUACUACCGAAUCACCGCUAAUUCGAAAAGGACACGAAACUCUAAAUCGUACUGCAGC